AUGGUAGAGAUUUCACAAGUUGAGGGUUUACGAGGCGAGAGAGGUAAAGAUGGACGACCAGGCGAAGUGGGUAAUCGUGGACCUGUCGGAGAGGCGGGGCCUGUGGGAGCACCGGGCCCUGUGGGACUUGCUGGUGAUGAUGGGCCACCUGGAGAUGACGGAAUAACGGGAGAUAGAGGACCUGAAGGGAAGCGUGGAUUAACUGGAUCAGCUGGAGUGCCGGGUGUCCCGGGACUCCCAGGCCGCCCUGGCAGAGCUGGCAGUAAGGGAGAGCCAGGAAGUCGUGGACCUGUUGGACUUCCUGGAUCAGAUGGAAAAGAUGGUCAAUCGGGUUCUGAUGGUGUACCUGGAAGCGUUGGACCUCCCGGUUUACCUGGACCAAAGGGACAAGAUGGUAGUCCCGGAAUCCCUGGACGACGAGGCAAACAAGGUGAACAGGGAUCUCGCGGCGCCACUGGCUCCCCAGGCACCCCAGGACAGCUUGGAGCUCCGGGGCCCACAGGACCGCGUGGAUUACAAGGCCCUAAAGGGAAUACCGGCGAGAAGGGUGCUCGUGGAAUUCCCGGUAAAAGUGGCUUGCCUGGACUCCCCGGUACUCCGGGCGUCUCAGGCAGAGAUGGCCUGUCUGGAAUCCCUGGUGGAGAUGGACGAGUGGGAAAUCCUGGACCAACUGGACCGCCUGGGCCUAAAGGAGAUCGUGGUCGCCAGGGUGCACCAGGAACUCCCGGCCGAACUGGACCAGAAGGCCCGGUCGGUGAACCGGGUUUUGCAGGCGUCCCGGGCUUAAACGGAUUUGCUGGCAAAGAUGGCAGCAGGGGCUACCAAGGUGCGCCUGGAAAACCUGGAGUAGAUGGACUGAAAGGACAACCUGGUCCUGACGGUUCAAAUGGAGACGAUGGCGAGCCAGGAGUAACUGGAGAUGAAGGGGACCAGGGCGAGCGAGGCUCUCCGGGAACUGAUGGGGUAGGGGGACCCGUAGGAUUGGUUGGGCCUACCGGUGACCCGGGCGAAGCUGGAUUAACUGGCGAAGAGCCAAAGGGAGACAGCGUUAUUGUUGGAGGAGCACUUCCUAAGAAUCAACUCCUUGUUCAGCAUUGUUCAUCGAGUUUUUCUGCUCGUCGCUUGACAUUGAUGGCAGCAGAUUUCAAAUGGCUUAAGGAUUGA